UUGACAAAUUGAUGGCCGUGCUAUGAAAUUAGUCUAUGAGCAAAUCUCCUAAUACAACAUUAUGAGUAUAUUUACAAUUGUAGGUGCAAUUAAUGUGAGUAAAACCAUAUUUCAUUACAAUCCAUGGGUUAGUAUACCAGAGAAUUUCACAAUUAUAAAAUUCUCUCAACCGCCUAUAUUAAGUUAAUUUCUUGACGUAACUGUGAUAAAUGUUUGUAGCGACGCUCACCCUGGGGUUGGGAAGGUUCAACAUUCCUCUGUAGUGCUAAGGGAAGGGCAGAGGAGGAUAUAAGGACCCCACCACAGGCUGAGGAUGCGAGUGAGCACUUUCCAGCGUCCAGUUGAAGUUGCAGCAAUUAAAGGAGAAGUCAACAUGAGCCGCAGUCCAGAGAGGAUGUCUUCAUACCGCCGUCAUUUCGAGGGCGUCUUGGCCGCCUCUCCUGCCUACCAGCUUCGGGUGUCCAGCCCCUCUCCCACCCGCAGGGACACCCGCCACCGGUCGGCCAGCUUCACCCGGAGUGGUGGGACGAUGGGGCGUAGGGCUGUCUCCAGUAAGGCUCGCAUGACCAGCAGUGUGAGUAUGGGAGCGCUGUGCUUUGGUAUGUCCAUGGGGCUCGGGCCAAAGCUGGACCUGGAUGCGGCUGCAGCAGAGAACCAGGCCUUCAUGAUGACUCGAACCAAUGAAAGGCAGGAGAUGGUGGCCCUCAAUGACCGCCUGGCAGCUUAUAUUGAAAAGGUGCGAUCACUGGAGUCGCACAACAAACUGCUGGAGGCUGAGAUCGAGGCCCUGAAGGGUCGUCAUGUCAGACCAUCAGGCCUCAGGCAGCUGUACGAGUCUCAGCUGAGGGAACUCAACAGGGAGGCUGAGCAGAUGAGAACCCAGAGGGAUAUGUCUGUGGCAGCCAAGGAGGCAAUGUUGGGCCAGUUAGACGCGUUGAAGGCCAAAUAUGAUGAUGCUGUGGAGGCCAGGAAAAAGACAGAGCAUGACAUUGAGAUGCUACGUCCAGAUGUGGACAAGGCAACCUCAGCCCGGAUUGCCCUGGAGAAGCAGCUGGAAAACCUGGAGACUGAGCUGGCCUUCCUGCAGAGAGUUCACAAGGAGGAAAUUGAGGAGCUCAUGCAGCAGAUCUAUUCAGCAACCACCAAGGUGGACAUGACCUUUGGUCUCCCAGACCUCUCCUCUGCCCUAAGACAGAUUCAGUCUCAGUAUGACAGCAUUGCUGCCAAAAACCUACAGGAAAUGGACGGCUGGUACAGGACAAAAUUUCAGGACCUGACCGACGCCUCCACCAAACACGUUCAAAGUCUUCGGAGUGUGAGAGAGGAAAUUGCUGGCUAUAAGAAGGAUAUCCUCAACAAGGAACGGGAAUUGGAGGCACUGAGGACGAGGAACGAGUAUUUGGAGGCUCAGAUCCGCGAUGCAACCGAGAAAUACAAAAAGCAGGAGGAGGACUUACAGGUACGUAUAGAGGAGAUUAAGCUGGAUCUGAAGGUGACCAAGGAGAAGAUAGCUCUGCUUUUGAGGGAAUAUCAGGACCUACUGAAUGCCAAGAUGGCUCUGGAGAUUGAGAUCACCACCUACAGGAAGCUGAUUGAAGGGGAAGACAGCCGUCUGAGCACCAUGGUCCAUAACCUGUCCCUGACUGGAGGCCUGCGUCUCACUUCCAGCGUUAGCUCACACGCUGCGUCCACCUCAGCCUCAGCCUCAGCCUCGGUUCUAGCUUCAGAUAGCCCCGCACCUGCAACAACUUCAAAGCUGGAUGACGCCCCCAGCGAUGCAAGCAGCAGCGGGGCAGAGAAAGCUCCAGAUCCAGCUGGAACUCGAGUGGAGGUGGCCUCAUCGGACACCCAGACAGACUUAGACGAGCAGGCUACAGAGAUGUCCGAGAGGAAGACAGUCCUCAUCAGAACAGUUAAGACAGAUGAGGACACUUAUGAGAGCAACACACAGGAGCGCACCAUCACCAUUUCUGGAGCAGCUGACGACACAGAUGAAGAAUAAACAAUCUAUCUCUCCCAAGUCUUCCUAGCUGACUAUAUGCUGUACACCAUUUCAUGUCAUGUUAGUCAGUUUUUAAAUGCUUUGAAAAUCAACAAAUAUAAACUUUAAUCUAAGAGAAAACACACUGUACAAGCAGUAACAGGAAAACCAACUUGUACUCCUGUGCCAGUUUUAAAGAUUGUUCCAUGGAGACUUCACACUGUGUCCUGUCACU